CUGAUUGGAAGCAGGCGGGUCACGUGUGAGUGUGGAGUGGGCGGGGUAAAUCGGUGAAGGGUCAGCCGCCCGGUGUCGCCAUGUUCAGGAUGGAGGCGCUUGGCCCGAAGAUGGACCCGGAGGAACUGCGCAAGAAGAUGCGGGCGGACGUGCUCCGCUCGCUCCGCAAUUUCCUCAUUUAUGUGGCCAUCCUGCGGGCGACUCCAUUUGUCCUAAGUAAAUUGGAUAGUAUAUGAAGUUCACUGAGACCAACAUACUGCAGGACAGUAGUCAAGCCAAACUUCAUGCUUGUUGGUACAAGAUGAUAAACUGAAUGUGGACAAUUGGAAAUCUUAUUGCUACUAAGGAAUGGGUCUUUUAAACUACAGGAUAAACUGUCAACUCUCAACAUAUUGAAAACGUCUGCCUGUGCUACUGAAUUAAUUGUUUUGUUGUGCUUCUCUUACAUUGAGUAAUCUACCAUUUUAUUUUGUACAAAGCCUUCUGUAAUUGUUUUGUCACAGAUCCCCUCCUGUAUCAGUAUGCAAAACAAACCUGUUUGUAAUACAUGGGUGUCUGUCCAGAGUGUGAAUCUGAUCCGAAGUGCAGCUGGAUAGAAGUCAGCUGAGUUUCCCCAACAUUAGCAAAUACUGCAAAUCUUUCUCUAUAGUGAUUCUGAGAAACAUAACCGAAUUUUAUGAAUCAGUAAGGGAGUACAGGGAAACACUUGGGGAAAUUCAACUGGCCUGACAGCAACUGUGGGGAGAGAGUUAACAUUUCAAGUCUGUCGUGACUCCUCUUCAGAACUGAGUUCUGAGCAUUUUCUCAUUUUUUUUUCUCUCCAGUAUUGUUUCAAUCAUUGCAAAUGCUUGUCAUGCCUCUGGUCUUAAGAGGUGCACUGUCAGAAACGAUAUGGAAUAUUGAUACUUUCCCAGCUGUGAUUUGAGUUGUUUUCUGCUGGAUUUGCUUUAAAUGGUUUUGUAUGAAAAUUAAUGCAUUUUAUUAUCAAUUAAAACAAUCAGUAAUUAUUCAUCUCCUCUGAAUAUGAAGAUUUAAACUGUCUUGUUACUGAGUUGUGCAUGAUUUCAAUUUUUUUCCUCUGCUUUUUACACUUUUACAUUUUCUUCUAACUCCUGUGGUCUUUCUAAGAUCUAAAUUGUAAGAGCGGUGUCUGCUACAUUUUUAGGUUCCUCUGCCUGUCUUAUUUUUGUGGAAGCCUUAAAUUUGGUGGUUUUCAUUGAUCAGUUGACGUUGAGGGUGACUUUGUUCUUUUUAAGCAAUAAAGUGGAACCAGCUGUUCUGUUCCAAAUGAAA